AUGGCUGUGCCUCAAAGGACACUGAACUGGCUCUACAGUGUUCUCACUAAAGACCACUACGACCCCCAACAAACUUACCACGACCCCAAUCGGACCUACCACGAUGUUGCGAACGCGCUGUCGCAAUACCCCUCGCUCUCUCCUCGGACCGAUGUAUAUACUUAUGAGACGGGCUUCUCCGCCCUCCUCCUCCACCUGGUGGGCACAUUGCCUGUCAACUUCCGAGGCACAACUUAUCGGUUCCCCAUUGCGCUCUGGAUCCCCAACACAUACCCGCGCGAGCCACCAAUCGCCUAUGUGACCCCGACUCAAGAUAUGACCGUCCGCGUUGGACAGCAUGUUACAUUAGAGGGACAGGUGUAUCAUCAUUAUCUUGCCCACUGGGCUGAGGCGUGGGACCGAUCUACAAUUGCAGACUUGCUAUCCAUUCUACAGGAUGUCUUCGCCAAGGAGCCACCUGUUCGGUAUCGACAGCAAGUGCCCCAGCCACAAUCGCAGCCUGAGCAUGCCCCAACACCGCCGCCAUUGCCUCCUCUUCCACCGGGCGUCGGAUCUCCACAGAUACAAUCACCCCCACAAGCUACAAGUCAAGUACCGCCACCUCCUCCGCCAAAGCCUGGCGCGAUUGAGAAUCGGCAGCCAGUGUCGGCUGAUCGAUCACCGCUGCCUCCUCUCCCUCCAAAAGGGCAAGGCCUUCGCCAGGCACCUGUGUCGAGUAAUUCAGCAUCAGCACACUAUGCUGCUCAGUCGCCCCAAUUUCGCGCACCUCCGAGUCAUAUCGGAGGCCCAAUAAGCAGCCCCCUGUCCCAACCUCCGAUUCAGCAGCAGCAGUCAAUACCACCCCAAGGGCAAUAUUAUAGAAACAGUGCCCCGGUCCCUCCGCAGCCGCAAUUACCUCAACCCCGGCCGGCACCUCCCCCAGCUCACUAUCAGAACCAGCAACAGCAUGGUUCCCCACAUCCCCAGCAUCAUUCCUACCCAGCCAACCACUCGGGCCCUCCCCCGGCAGCCCCCAAGGCAGAAACACCUGAUCUUCUAACCUCACCGUUCGAGGUGGAGUUACCAUCUAUCUCCGGCCCUGCACCUCCAAUCCCACCAAACCCAGAGAAAGACACCCUCCUUCGAGCCGUGUCCCACUCUCUCGCAGAAACUCUGCAACGCAAUGCCGCGCAAUCAGACACAGCAGCUCAGUCCCUGGUCUCACAGUCCCGAUCCCUCCACUCAGCUCUAGCAACCCUCCAAGGAGAGAUAUCCGCCCUCAACUCGCUGCAUACAACACUUCAGUCUAACACGGCCGUUCUUCAGCAAUCUAUCCAGCGUGCCGAUGCGACCAUCGCCGAUGCCCCUCCGGACUUACCGCCUAUUGACGAUGUCCUUGUCGCGCCCACUAUCGUAGGCAAACAGCUCUAUGACCUAGUUGCAGAGGAGCAAGGCAUUCAACAGGCUCUGUAUGCGCUGCAGGCUGCGCUGGUCAAGGGUAUCAUUGGUGUUGAUUCUUGGUCGAAGCAUACGCGAAGUCUUGCACGAGAGGCAUUGCUCAAAAGGGCUUUGAUCCGCAAGAUUGGGCGCGGGAUGGGUCUGGAGGAGAGUUUGUAG